AUGAGCAGCUCAGAUGAAGGUGGCAGCAGUUGCAGCACGUCCCAGAAAAGAUUUAGAGGGAUUCGACGGCGGAAAUGGGGCAAAUGGGUGUCGGAAAUUCGAGUUCCCGGCACGCAAGACCGCCUUUGGCUAGGCUCUUAUGCAGCUCCGGAGGCUGCUGCGAUGGCACAUGACAUUGCAUACUAUUGUUUGCGGGAGAAUGCAUCAUUGGAUGAUUUCAACUUUCCUGUGAUGCUGCCUGCUGGAGUUCAAAGAGGAAUGUCGCCCAGGUCCGUCCAGAAGGCAGCCACGGAUGCUGGCAUGGCUGUAGAUGCACAAAUAAUAGCCAAGCGUCCGGCGGAUUCUCCCGUAAAAGUGGAGGAAAAUGUGGUGAAUUCUAGACCGGAGGAAAGGUUUUCGCCAUGCGGGAAUGAUGGUUUUUCAGACAUACCAUCGUGGGAAGGCAAAGAGUUCAGCAGAGAAUUAGGUGAUCAAGCUUUGAACAUUUCGGUUGACGAUUAUCUCUGA